AUGGUUCCAAUUAAGGAUCUUGAAAAGAAAAUUAAAUUGUAUGAAGCUCAACGAGAUCGUUCUUUUAGUCGGGUGCAAGCCAUUUAUGACUUAAUACCAGAUAUUUAUAAAAAUGAAACUAUUAAAAAACAAUUUUUGAGUAAAGUUCGUACCUUGGAACAGUUACGUUCUGAAUUUAAGGAAAUAGUAGAACAAAUUAAUUGGAUGAAUAUUGAAUUAAAUAAAGAUUUUGAACCUUCCUUUUCGAGUUUAGAUUCAUUUGAUGACUUAUACUGUGAAAUAAACCUGGUGUAUGAUCAGCUUUCUGCGUCAUCCCAGUCUUCUCAGGCACAGCCUUUAAAUGAAAAGGCUGUAACUGUAACGUCUAAUAGUAAUGAUUAUAUGAAGAUUCCCCGCAUCGAGUUACCAUUUUAUAAUGGCGAUAUACAGCAGUUCCCUUUCUUUUACGAAAGUUUCAAGCGUAUGAUACAUGAUAACAAUAAUUUAACAGAUUCUGAUAAAGUACAUUAUUUGUUUAAUCAAUUAACUGGUAAAGCCAGGUCUAUAAUUGUAGGCGUUGUACCUUCUGCGGAAAAUUAUUUAACAGUUUGGGAAACGUUAAAACUUAAAUAUUAUGAUAAACGUGAAUUGGGUACUUCUUAUUUGAAUCAGUUACUUUCAAUGAAACCUCUUGUUGGUGCUUCGGCACAAAAUCUGGAAGAUUUUAUUGAUAAGUUUGCAGCUACAAUUGCUGCCUUAAAUCAACUUAAGCUUGAAAAUGUAACUGAAUUUAUUUUUGUUCAUUUGGGUCUUAAGUUACUAGAUCCUGAUACUGCAAGAAGUUUCGAAAUGUCGAUUCGGAAUAAUAAUGGUAUGCCAGGUUAUGAGGAGUUCGUUCAUUUUGUGCGAGAACAUGUUAAAGUUCUCUAUCGAACCUCACAACCACGUCCUUCAAUUAAAAAUGAAAGAUUUGUUAGCAAAUCUACUAACAGUAAUCGCUUGCGUACCAAUCAUGCACAUGUUUCAACUGGUGAUCCUCGUUCUAAGUGUCUGUUUUGCAACAGUGCAGUUCAUGUAAAAAUUUCAAAUUGUGAUAAAUUCUUAAAAUUGAAUCCCAUUGAGAGGUAUCAAUAUGUAAAAGAUAAGAAGUUGUGUACUAAUUGUCUUAGUUCUCAACAUUGGUCUUCCCGCUGUACGUCACAGCAUGUUUGUAGUAAGUGUGACGGAAAGCAUCACACGAUUCUCCAUUUUAAUAAUAAGCCUCCAUCGCAAGCCACUGUGGCUCUUAGUAAUACUGAACCAUGUAUUAAUAAUAAAGUGAACAAUGGAGUUCAAUUUGAAAGUGAAGGUGAUCACCAAGUUUUAAAUAAUCAGGUAUCUUUGUGUACAAUGUCAACUGAAAAACGAGUUGUAUCUCCAACUACUGAAGUUUUGGGUACAGCAAAGGUUGUUGCUGCUUGUCGUAAUGGCAAAGAGAUUUUUAUUAGAGCUCUCCUUGAUCCUGGUUCGCAGAAAAAUUAUAUAUCUGCCAAGGGUGCUAGACGACUAGGCUUAUCUGUCAAUAAAAGUUUAUCAGCUUCAGUUAAAGGUAUUGGUGGUUCUACUCAAGUUGUAAAGGGUAGCGUUAAUUUUGUAUUUCGUUCCACAAUUCAACAUGGGAAAAAGUAUUCUAUAGAAGCGCUUGUUUUAGAAAAUAUUACAUCUAGAUUGCCUACUUGCCCUAUAGAUAUUACUAAAAUAUCUGGAUUUGAGGGUAUUGCAUUAGCAGAUAAUUCGUGGAGCGUCCCUAAUGAAGUUGAUUUAUUAAUAGGUGUACAAUUGUUUACCAAUGUAUUAUUGCCGGGUAAGAUAGUUAAUGCCCCAGGCCAACCGAGUGCUAUCGAGACGACUUUAGGUUAUAUCGUUCUUGGUGAUGCUCCUAUUACGACAGUGUGUACUUCGUCUCUUAGUUUUUGUGCUACAUAUGAAGUCAAUAAUUUAAUAAAAAAGUUUUGGGAAAUUGAGGACUUAGGAAAUUCUCCUAUUCUCAGUCUAGAAGAUAAACAGGCUGAGGAUAUAUUUAAAUCAACUGUUAAGCGAACUAGCUACGGUCAAUAUGAAGUUGCUUUACCUUUUAAACUUGAUUCUGAAAAUUUAGGAAAUUCUUUGAAGGCUGCAGAGCGCAGUUAUUUACGAUUAGAAUCGAAGCUUCGUUCUCAACCAGCAGUUAAGUUGGCGUAUGAUGAGGUUAUUACUGACCACCUUAAAAAGGGAUACUUGUCUGAAGUAGAUAUUGUGCCUCAAGAGAAAGCAUAUUAUAUUCCUCACCGGGCUGUUAUUCGUGAGGAUAAGAUUACUACAAAAUUGAGAGUCGUUCUUAAUGCUAGUUUUCCUACUGACUCUGGUUUGUCUUUGAAUGAUAUUUUGCAUGCAGGCCCUAGUCUGCACGCGGAUUUGUUUUCUAUUUUAUUAAAUUUACGUUUGUUUCUAGUUGCUAUUUCGGCAGAUGUUCGUCAAAUGUAUUUAGCAAUCCAUGUUCGUGAAAAGGAUCGUCCAUUUCAGCGUAUUUUGUAUCGUUUUGAUUUUAAUGGACCAAUCAAGGUUUAUCAAUAUAACCGUGUUGCUUUCGGUUUGCGAUCCAGCCCUUUUUUGGCGUUACGUACUAUACAACAACUUUUGGAGGAUGAAGGCGAUCGUUUUCCUGUUGCCAAAGAAAUUGUUUCUCGUGAUAUUUUCAUGGACGAUAUCGUUAGUUCCAUUAUAAAUGAACAGAAAGCUAACGAUGCUGUGCGUGAGUUAAAUGAGCUCUUCACGGCUGGGGGAUUUGAAUUGGCAAAAUGGUCUUCCAAUUCAGAUCGUAUAUUACAGGAAAUACCUGAAGACAGGCAUUUGUCACAGAGUGUCUCAUUUGAUAGUGAUGAUGAUGACAAUACUUUCAAAAUCUUGGGACUACGUUGGGAUCCCAUCGAUGAUAAUUUUACCUUUCAGGUUAAUCAUGAUGAACGUCCAUGUACUAAACGACAUAUACUGUCAUAUAUUGCUCGGUUGUUUGAUGUUUUAGGGUUAGUGGCCCCUAUUGUACUUUUCGCUAAAUUAUUAAUUAAAGAUUUAUGGAUAGCAAAGAUUGAUUGGGACGAUUCUCCCCCAGAAAAUAUUGUUAAAAAAUGGCAUCAGUUUCAACGUGAGUUGCCCCUAAUUGAGCAGCUUAAAUUUCCUCGUCACAUUGGUGUAACAGAAAAUUGUAGGUUGACAAUUCUUGGGUUUGCUGAUGCAAGUGAGAAAGCGUAUGGCGGAGUAGUUUAUGCCUGUGUUACUACUCCUAAUAAUGACAAUAUAAUCACUUUGGUUUGUGCCAAGUCCAAAGUGUCCCCAUUAAAAAUUGUGUCACUUGCAAGACUAGCGUUAUGUGCGGCUUUAGUUCUUGCACAACUCAUAAAAAAGGUUGUUUUUAAUUACAUGCCUCGGUUUUCUGUUCAUACGAUUUUAGCAUUUUCGGAUUCAACAGUAGCAUUAAGUUGGAUCCACUCAGAGCCCUAUCGAUGGCAAACUUUUGUAGGCAAUCGUGUGGCAAAAAUACAUGAGAAUUUGCCUAGUAAACAUUUCUAUCACAUUCGGGGAUUAGAUAACCCUAGUGAUUGUUUAUCUCGAGGGCUAACACCAGCACAACUAGUGAGUCACCCUCUUUGGCUUCACGGCCCUCCUUGGGCAAGUAAACCGAAAGAUUUAUGGCCUAUUAAACCUUUUAUACCUCAAGGUGAGUCAAUUCCAGAGGCAAAAUCAGUAGUUUUAAUUUCUACUUGUGAUUCAAAAUCGAAUGUAUUAUUUGAGUUAUCUCGCAAGUUUUCAUCAUGGAGCAAAUAUCUUCGGUCUGUUGUUUAUUUACUUAAAUUUGCUAGAAUAUUACCUAAAGGGCCUAUAAGCGCCGAGGAUUUAUCUAAGGCUGAAAUUCACAUAAUACGAGCACUUCAAAGUGUUUAUUUUGCACAAGAAUUGGCAGAUCUUUCAGCUGCGAACUUGUGUUCUAAUUUAGUUAGACAAUUGAAACCAUUCUUAGAUAAUGGUGUUAUUCGAGUUGGUGGCCGUUUGGAUAACGCAGAUGUAUCCUAUGAAUUUAGACAUCCCUUCUUGUUACCCAGACGUGAUCAUAUUGUAGACAUUCUUAUUGAUUACCAUCAUAGGAAGAAUUGUCACGCAGGGCCUGAAACAUUAAUGUCCCUUUUGCGUUGCAAUUAUUGGAUUAUAUCUGCACGACGAAUUAUUCGUCAGAGAAUUCGUCAAUGUUAUUUUUGCUUUCGCUUAAAACCUCAAGCUCUUUUUCCAAUGAUGGCUGAUUUGCCCUCAUGUAGGGUAAAUCAAGUAGAAAAACCAUUUAUUCAUACUGGUUGUGAUUAUGCUGGACCUAUUUCAUAUACGCCUCAGCGUCGUCGUGGUGUUAAAGCCCAGAAGGCGUAUAUUUGUAUAUUUACUUGUAUGACUACUAGAGCAGUUCAUAUAGAACUUGCUACCGAACUUAGUACUGCUAGUUUUCUAUCGGCUUUCAAGCGUUUCCUGUCCCGUCGUGGUCCGGUAAAAUAUAUGCACUCUGAUAACGGAACCAAUUUUAUUGGUGCCAAAUCAUACUUACGCGAACUGCAUAAAUAUUUAGCCAAUGAGUAUAAAAAAUAUUGGAAACAAGAGCUCGCGGAAAACCGUAUUUCUUGGCAAAUGAUUUGCAGGAAUGCCCCUCAUCAUGGCGGUAGCUGGGAGAGUAUAGUGAAGGGAACGAAAACCCAUUUGUAUAGGACAAUUGGUCAGCAAAUAUUAUCUUAUGAGGAAUUGGUGACCGUACUCACACAGAUUGAGGCAUUGCUAAAUUCACGACCACUGUGUGCUCUUAGUUCUGACCCUUCGGAACCCAGGGUUUUAACACCCGCUCAUUUUCUUAAUGUGGUGCCUUUAAGCUAUUUACCUGCAUAUCCAAAUAUUACAUCGUCUGACCACCUACUGCAGCGGUAUGAAUUAUUGGAUAAAAUCGUACAAUCUUUCUGGAAAAGAUGGCGAAACGAGUAUUUGCACACACUCCAAGUUAGACAAAAAUGGAAUACACCGUCAGUGCCUAUUCAGGAAGCGAACGACCUUUGCGCCAAAAAAGGCAAGCCUGAUUUAAAUAGAGUACAGUAUAAAUGCACCUUACGGUCGAGGGUUAAGGCUGCCUUUCCAACAGCCAGGAUCCGAGAUGAUCGUCCUACACGGAACCUUCCCUCCUACGUGCGGUGGCGGAUACCACCAACAAAUGCAUUCCCAAAUAGGGUUGAGGUCAGACAGGCCGACAGAAACCAGAAGCCAAGGUCUUGUGUAAUACAAAUAAAAACAUAUUACACCGACCCCAAAUAUUUGAGAUAA